CCCUGACUGACUCGAAAGGCCGAGAACGUAAAUGCAAGCGAACCAACCCUAUUCAUAUGAUAUCUAUGUCUCAGUGACUCUCACUCACUGACCCUCAGUGUUGACGGCGGCCGUGAUCCUGUGAUUGAUCCCUGGGCUGGAGAUUGUGAAGCAUGGCCAGUUUGAGUUGGACUUUGGCCGCUGCCUCGUGGCCUCAAGGGUCAUGAGUUCUCCGCUCGCCUCCGGCCACCCGCCGACGUCUUUGGCCGCAUCAACGCCGUCCCACCAGGGUAUUGCCCCGCUUGAUCCCUCUGAGGAAACCAGCUCCGCCCGUGAAUGCCGUGAAUGGCAAGAGACCGUGUACGAUUUGCUGCAAGAUAUUCGCGAUCCCGAGAAGCCGGAAAGUUUGUCCGAUUUAGACGUGGUCCGACCCGAACUGAUUCAAGUUCGGAAAUUGGGCCCUCAUUUGUUCCACGCCUCCAUUGGCUUCGUGCCCACUGUGUCCCAUUGCUCUUUAGCCACUCUCAUCGGGUUGUGUCUACGGAUUAAAUUAGUCCGGAAUUUGCCGGCGCGCACCUUCAAGUUGCAUUUCUUCAUCCAACCCGGCAGCCACGAGACCGCCGCCGAGAUCACUAAACAAAUCAACGACAAAGAGCGCGUUUGUGCCGCCAUGGAGAAUCCUCAUUUGAAGCGAACGGUCGACGAGUGCUUGCUGGAAACUUAUUAG